ACGGCAUUUCCAACGAUGGCGCUGGCAGCAUCGCUCUCCAACGCGCGGACCGUGGUGCCUGUCGGUUGCUGCUUGCUGCUUCUCCUAUUCUGCGUCAACUUGCCCACGCUUCAAACAUCCAUGUCCCUGUCUUCGCUGUCCAACGGCGUCAUCCACGGCAAUGGCGCCCGUCCCUCGCAAGCUCACUUAGUCCUCACGUCGGGACCCGAUGUCUGCAGCGUCCAGUUUGUCUUUGCUGGCCCAAAGCACGACUACACGACGUUCCACCGCAUCAGCGCGUGGCUCGCUCGUGGUAGUCCCAAGUGCCCCAUCGACCUCAUUCGCGACGACCAUCCGUUCCUCGCGGCCAUCACGCCAGACGAGCGCGCCAUGUAUCUCGAUGUCGCGUAUCGCCCCAUUCUCCAAGCCGACCUGCUCAAGCUCCUUGUGCUGUACUACCGCGGCGGUCUCGUCACCGACAUGGACGUCGAACCGCUCAAGUCCUUUCCAGACCAGUGGGUUGGUCCUGGCACAGCGUUGGCCACGUGCGACGUGUUCUUUGGUGUCGAGGUGGACUGUUACGACGACGAGUGCAUCCACUGGUACACUCGCAAGGGUCAGCUGCAGACGUGGACCAUGUGGGCCCGACGGCCACGGUCGGCCUUCUUGAAGAACCUCCUCGCCCACAUUGUCCAGCAUUACAGCACCAUGACCCCUCGCCACGACCCGAACGUGUCUGUGCAAGAAGUCGCAGGAAGCGCCGUGAUCACAGACUAUCUCGCGCAGUAUGGUCAGUGGGGCCAACCCCACUACGACGUCCCUCUUGACGCGGCAUCUUCUACGUUGGCCACCGACCGGAGCAAAGUCUUGCGUAUGAAAGUCAACCCAACUUCCAACGAAGAGGUGUGCAUCCUGGGGUCCGAGUGGACCGGUGGGGACUGCGUCGGCAAACCAUCUUGUUUGGUUCGACAUCAUUGGGAAGGAUCGUGGAAAUCGGACGACGAACGCGCCAACAAGGGUUCAAGCGUGUGACUCGAUUGGGUUGUUGUGUAUCAUUGCAGGAUAACCCAGAGUUCGAAGCUCGUAAACAUCCAAACAAACCUACGCAAGUAAAACACCCGACGACGGUGCGCAC